AUGGGAAAAAAAACGAGAAAAAGACAAAUCGAAGAAGAAGAAGAAGAAGAAGAAGAAGAAAAAGAAAAAGGUAAUGAUAGUGAAUUAAACGAUAUCGAUAAGGAAUUAUUUGGAAAGGAGGAACUAAAAAUUUUACAAAAUAAACCAAAUUUAAGUGACGAUUAUGAUGAAAAUAAAUCAGACGCCUUACAAUAUAAUACUAUCCUGGAUUUUAAUGAAAAAAAUUUUAUUUGUUUAGAAGGAAAUGAUAGUAACUCCAACGAAGCCGAAUUAAAUAGUAACCACAGUUGUAGUUCUGAUAUCAAAAUUGUUCAAUCCUCUAUUUAUGAAGGAAAAGAAAAAACAAACGCAGAAAAAAGAAAAACCAUGAAACAUGACAAAUACAAUGAGGAAAAAAUUAAAGACGAAUUAAUAAACUAUAAAAAAUUAAAAAAAAAAAAUAUAGAAAAAAAAAUUGAAGAAAAUAAAUUGAUAGUAUUUUUAUUAUGUUGGUUAGGAAAUAUUUAUUUCUUAAAUGAGUUAUGUAAUAAUAAAUUUAUACAAGCAAUGAUUUAUUCAGUUUAUGUAAAUUAUAAAAGUGGAAAUAAUAAUAAUAAUAUAUUAUAUAAAGAUCCAAUAUAUAUAUUUUUAUUUAUAAAAAAUAACUUUCAAUUAAAUUUAGAUAAUACAUAUUGGGUAGCCACUGAUAACAUAAUUAAAAAAAAUAUUCGUGGAUCAUAUAUAUUUCGAUUAAUCAGAGCUAUAAAUAGAAAAAGAGGAAACAAUAUAUUGAUAAAUUUAUUAUUUAUAUCUUUAUGCAGAUAUUUAAAUAUUCCAAGCCGUAUUUGUAUAACAUUACCAGACAUUAACCCUGAAUAUAUAGACACAAAACGUGAAAAUGAAAUCAUAAAAAUAUAUACGAAUAAUUAUGAUUCUGAUAUUAAUAAAAACAUAUUUUUUAAUAAUUAUUUGAUUUCUCAAAAUAAUAAUGAUGAUAGUAUUGAUACUUCUAGUCUAUCUGAACAGGAUGUCGUUUUUAUUCGAAAAAACUUCUGCACAUUCGAUAAAAAUGUUGGAAAAAAUUCAGGAAAAAAUGUGAAAAAUACUAAUAUGCAAUUUCAAAUAUUUUCAGAAUGCUAUUCAACAAGCUUUAAUAAAUGGAUUUCUUUCUUUUUUUGUUAUAACAUAUAUUAUUUUAAUUUUUUUAAUUUUUCAAAAAAUUGCAAUUUUAACCAAAAUGAAACAAAGAUCUUUCAUAUUUUAUUACCAUUACCUCAAAAUCCUGAGGAAAUUAAAACUUUAAAAAAAAUAAAACAAUUAACAUCUAUUUCUGAAUUUUCUAAAUCUUUAUUUAUAAAUCGUAGAAAAAAUUCAGAUAUAGAAAAAGACGUUGAUGAAAGUCAAGAUAGUAAUACUGAAUAUAGAGAGGAAACGAAUAAGGAACUUGAAAUAAUUGAUAUUUGCCAAAUAGGAAAUAAAAAAAAUUCAAACAUAAAAGAAACAGAAAAUGAAGUUAUAAUUAUAAAUGAAACAUCAGAAGAUGAAAUAGAAACAAACCCAAGUAUUUCCAAAAAUAAUAAUAAAAAAGAAAACCCCAAAAAUGUUAAUAAUCAUAAAUACCAACUUGAGCAAGUUGCAAUGAAUAUAAACAAAUUAAACAAAUUAAACAAAUUAAACAAAUUAAACGAACAAAACGAACAAAGCUGUAAAACUUAUGACGGGUUUAAAGUUCUAUGCAAUAAUUAUAAAGGGAAAAUGUAUAUUGAACACAAAAAUAAAAUUUUUAUAAUUCGAAAUGUUAACAAAAAUAGUGAUAAUAUUAUAAAACCCCAGAAUAUAUUAAUGGUAAUACAUAUAAAAACCGAGGCUCCAUUUGUUGGAAAAAAAAAAAAAAAAAAAUUCCAAAAAAAACAAAGUUUUGAAUUAUUUAAUUUUGAAAAAGAAGAAGAAAAUAAAGAGAUAAUAAACUCGUUGUCAAAUAUAGGUACCCUAGAUAAUAUAAAAAAAAAAAAUGUAAAUAAUUUAAUAAAUAAUAUUAAUGAAUUAAAACAUGAAAAUAAUAAAAUAAAAAAUAUGUCUAAUUUUAUAAAUACUUUAAAAAAUGAACCUAUAAGUUGCUAUAAUGAAUUUAUUUAUGAUAAAUAUGAAAAAUUAGUGUGUAAAGAAAGUUUUGAUAAUAAAUAUAUAAAAAUAUUAAUAAAUACAAAUAUGUAUAAAUACUUUAAUAAUUUAGAUAAUUAUAACUUAUAUAUUUCUAUAAAUAAAUAUGGAAUAUUAAAAGAUAUUACAAUAAGACAUAAGUUAAAAUUAAUUAAUAGUAAUACAUCAGUUAAUUUUGGAAAUAAAUCUACAAAUUUUUCUGAAUAUUCAAAAAGAAAAUAUUGUUUAAAUAAAAAUAUAAUCAAAGGUAAUCGAUUGUCUUCAUUAAUAAGAAAUACAUUUCGAAAUGUUUCAUAUAAAAUGAAUAAAACGAAAAAUUAUAAUGAAUUUGAAAAAAUUUUAGAUAUAAAUGAUGAUAAAUAUUUAUAUAAUUUAUAUGUAAAAAAUAUGAUACCCAAAGAAAAAACACAUUUCUUAAAAUCUAAUUACUAUAUUUUAAAAUCUAUGUUAAAAAAAAAUCAAAUUAUAUAUCCAAAUGUUUCGGUAGGGUUAUUUGGUGGCGAAAAUGUUUAUUUAAAAGAGCAUUUAUAUAAUUUAAAAAAACGAGAAUUUUUAGAAAAUAAAAUUUAUUAUAUAAGUGAUAGUGAACAACCUUUAGGAUUUGAAUAUGAUUCUUAUACAAAAUCUAAAACCCCUCUUUAUGCUGAGUUCCAACUAAAAAUGAGAAAUACAAAUUAUUUCAUUAUUCCGAAUGACAUUAAAAAUUUAGAUAAAAAUAUAAAUAAGUUGGACAAAACAAACCAAUUUGAUUAUAUUUAUAGUAAACAAGAAAAAAUUCAAAAACUGAAAAAUAAACUACUUGCUCAUUUAAAACCUAAUAAUAUAAUUGAACUAAACAAUGAUGAUAUAUGUGUCUAUAAUAUUCAGCUUAAAUAUAUAUUUAAAAAUAUUAAAGAUAAUAUUCCUUGUAAAAUCAUAUACAAUAACAAUCCAUAUUUUUAUACUAAAUAUUUGAAAAAUGUUAAUAAAUCAAACCCGAAAAUAUUAGCUGAUAAAAUCGUUAUAAAAAAAAAGGAUUUGAAAUUAUUUAAAAAUUUAUAUUUAACACAAAAACAAAAACAAGAUGAAUUUAUAAUUGAUCAAAAAUCUAAACAAAUAAAAAAUAUGUGGAAAGUUCUUUUCAAAAGUAUAUUAUAUGAACAAGAAAAUCUCCAAGUUAAUCAGAAACGAAUAAGAGCAAAGAAAAUAUACAACAUGUCACAUUUCAACCCCGAUAUAAAUCUCUAUUUUCAAAAUUAA